AUGUCCCGGCCGCAAGGAAGAAGAAGACGACGUUUCCGCCUCUCUCCAGUCCGUGAAGAAGGCAGCAGUCCAAGAGAGAUAUUUGACGUCUCGACUCUGCUUAGCGAUGUAGAAGACGACGAUGACGCAGAUGAUGACAUUGACGACGAAGCGAUUCUAAAUGCGAAACUCGCUGCUCUCCAAGCUGAGACCAGGAUAACCGGAAACAGAAGUUUCGCGCCACCCGAUAACAAGAAAUGCCGGUAGGUUAUAUUUCCCUCCUAGCUUUGACAAAGAGAACAUUCAUUGGUACUAGUCAACUAAUAAGUACAUCGUUUUUAGGGACGCGUUGACUGGAGUAGUCCAACAGAUUUUCACGUCUUCGGGUAGUCAUGAUGACUUCAAACUCGGAGUGAGAGCUUUCGAAAGGGAGUACAAAAAGGUCAGAUAAUUGUUUCUAUGGUACCUAUGAUACUUUUCAAGGUGCUCUCUGUUGAACAGCUCCGACUUCCGUUCUUCAACGAGUUAGACGUUCGUCUAUCAUUCAUUGUAGGUUAUAUUUUCCUGGCGAUUGUUGCCUAGCUUAAUUUCAACCACUUGAAACAGUCUGCGUCUCUUUUUCCUCAUCGACGAGCUCAAAUAAACUUGAAAAUGCAACGUCAUCACGGUAGCAUCACCAAAAAAAGAUAGGAGAGGGAUCAGAAUUUGUUGCGAAUAGUUCGUAUAUAGCUACUCAAGAUAUUUUUCCCACAGUAUUAAUGUUUUUAGGUGGAAGAUGGUUCAAAUUUUCGAGAACAACGUCGGUUUGUACUAGAAGUGGUGGCCAAUUUUGCAGCCUCCGUCCUGCACUCCUCUGGCGAUGUGUCAGUGGUUGAAUUUCUCUGCGAGUUUUGCGAAACGGUACAGACGACUGAUUUGGCGCAAAACAUCGUUUUUGCAGUGGUCGGCGUUCAGUUUGGCCGACGCUCGAGUCAACAUCGCCGUGUUGAUCGCCUUCGUGUUCCGCAGCUGUCUGAGGGAGUCGCGCGGCGGCGACAGCGAACUUCUACCCAAUCGGCAGCUCCGAAGAUUUGUCGACGUUCUCAAGAUGUUGAUUCAAGACAAGGUGAUAGCAAGUUCAAAGGAGAUGGUUGAGUAGCAUUUGCGUGGAGCAAUCCUGAAGUCCAUCAAAGUCGCUAUGAUGUCACAAUGACACCCAAAAAUUCUUGCGCACUGUAGAAUUUCGAACGAUAUUCAGAACCCCGCCACUCGAGUGGAGACGAUCGCCGCUUUUGGUGUAAUACAGAACGUAGAACUCGACGCGGACUUUCUCGGAGAAGAUGAGCGCAACCCCAAAGAAAGUCUCUCGGCCACAAACAUCUUUUUUCAAAGUUCUGCUACAGUUGUCAUGAAGAGUCUUCUGGAUUAUUCUCAUCUGUGCCGCAUGGCAGCCGUUCAGCUUUUUUCAGUGACCAGCAAAGAACAGGCCGACUUCCUAAGGAAACUCGCACUUUGUGACAAUAACACCAAGGUUCGAACAAAGUUUUUUUGAGAAAAAGCCUGAAAGCCUCAGGUUCGCUGCCUUGCCAUAGAAAAGUUCGGCGACGUGAACUUCAAAAUGACAUCAAACGUUGAAAGAUUCGACUUCCUCUUCACUCUUCUCAAGGACUACGAUCGUGCGAGAAACUUCAUCGUCUAGCAUCAUUUCGUUUUCAGCUGCGAUUCGCGAGGCCGCCAAAAAGUUUAUCAUUCAAAAGUAUCUAACCAUUCUGGCCGAUAAAAGGAAGAAAGUGAUGAGAAGAAUCAAUAAAGGGGAAGUUGUCGGUGAGUUCAUCUUUGCGUUGCUGUUAAUUAUAAAUCGAAAAAACUUCUUGAGAACUCGGGGAGUUCAAGAAAGAUUAGUUUUGAAACCAGCCCAGAAGUCCGAUUUUCGAGUAUCUACGUCGAUGAAUGUCCAUAGGGAGGCCUGUGAAGAAAUAAUUAUCUAAAAGUUUUAAUUUUUUUUUUUCAGUAGCCUUUGUUUUCUAAAUCUUUUAAAUAUUCGUAGCUCAAUUUUUUUUUCCUAGACCAAAAUAUGAAUCAGUUUUUUUCGUGAAACUCUCUUUAGACCUAAACAUUAAAAAAUCUCGCAUCGCAUAUUUUUGAGCCAUUGCCUCUUACCGUAGCUAGUGUAAGUUAUGGUGAGAGAUAGGUGUUCAUAUUUGUAUCUAAGAAUUGACGAGCUUUUUUCAUUCUAGUACAUUUCGUAUCAAUCAUUUGAGUGAUAGAAAUGAGACAAGAGGUACAAAAAAGUUCAAUGAAGAAGUUGGAUAGUUUUGCAGGGGCUUUCAAAGUCAUCUAGACAUGGGCCUUAUUAAGAUAAAAUGGUCGUAGCCAAAGAAUGACGCAUUUUCAUCAAAACACAGAGACUAUGUGUUGACUCUGGACGCAACAUGAAUGGAAGAAUAAUUGCAGCGGUGGACUCACAGGGCGAAGUUUUGGACAGCGACGAGGAGAUGCUCAACCAGAACCCGUUGUUCUCAACAGCCUCGAUGAUGUUGCUGAACAUGCUGCCGCCUGCCAUCACUGCCCAGGUGAGUCCAUAGGUCAACUCCCUCUCCCUGAGUCUGUUCUUCAGGAGUACACCGACCUGAAGAGCGUUUUCUUUGAAGUUAUCGAUACUCUCCGGCGUCUUUACAAAACUUCGACCAAAGAAAUGGAUGCAUUUAUCGAGGAACUUUGCAACGACGUCAGUCCCAGUCCUCCCAACCUUCUGACACGAAAAACUGCAACAGAACUGCUUACCGUUCCGUAAGAAUUUCUAAUCAAUUUCAAAAGGAUUUCAGUGUCGGAUGUAAUAUUAGGGUGGCAGGAAAGAAAUGCGUGUUUUUGAUGUCAUUUAAUUUUAUCAUAAAAACAAGGUUAUCACAAAUCAAUUCGAACUGUAAUUCCCAUCUGUAUUAGCACCUUGUCAACAAUGCUCACGCAGAGAAUGGAUACUCUCUCUCACAAACUGGGCCGCCUACGAGUCAAAGAAGUUGCACCCCCAAAUUUGGACUUCAUCGGAGUUUUUCAAUUUUUUUUUUUUUGGCUGUUUAGCGAUCCAAUGAUUCGGACAGAUGAUAAAUGCGAAGAGCCAUGUCUGAGCAUUGUAGCGGAAAAGCAGAAGUUUGCAGAACAAUUUUUCUGAUUUUGGGCUAACACAUUUUCGCAAAAAAGCGAUAUUGUGAACCCAUUUUUCCUUUCUCCUUUUUGCACUCCAUUGCGUAAUAAAACUGUUUUGUCUUGCAGCUAUGGGUGUGUAUUAACUGAUGAGCCAGUUUCACAGGCGUCUGUUAUGGAUCCAGUCUAAUGGCCUUUUAAAAUCGCCUUUAUCGUCGAUUUUUCCGUGUUUUUUGAUUUCAAAGGUCUUUUCGCCUAGUGAAUAGCGCUAAAGCAAUUCAAAAUGUUAACUAUCAGAAAAAAGCAUCAAUGGUGAUCAUAAUAUUAAAAGGUGCCAAGCUUCUGAAUUUGAUUUGUACUUUUUGAAAUAACGCGAAAACUAGGUCCGCGAAUAUAGUUUUUGAAAGAAAGUUUUCAGAGCUAUUUUUCUUAUAGAAAGGCGGAAUGAAAGUCAGCAAACUAUAUAUCCAAUGACGCACAAGGACAAGCCCUUUUCGACAAAAAAUACCGUUCUAAAUAAUAUUGCUUCUUGGAUGAAUUAGAAGCCGACAAAAACGAGCCGCAUUUCUUUCAUGCCACCCUAAUAGUAUUACUUUGUUAGGGAAGUUCCUUUCAAAAACUUCACAAUUUGCUAAAAUUUUCAAAUUUUGUUUCAAGCUUGAAAAGCACCAUGACUAGCAGAGCUUGCGAAGGUGCUCUCUAAAUUGCGCAAACGACCUCGCGAAGUUGAGCAUGACGGAAAAAAUUAAGAAAAAAUGCCCUUUUGUGACCAUUUCGCGGGUCUGGUCGUCCCAAGGUGCAUUGCAAAAAAAGAAGGUGUAUCCAGGUGAGCUACACUUAUUACCAAUUUAAAAAUUUUUACUCAACUUGGUAAGAGUUAUCCUUCAGCGAGAAAUUAUGUUCUCUCCGCCAUGAGCUUUUUCUUAUCAGAGAUGAAUGGAACAAAAAAACAUAAUCACUUUUUCAGGGCGAACACGAGCGAGCAGUUGAUGUACACGACUUGCUGGCGGUUCAUGGUGGAGUUCGCAGUGGAGCGCGCUCCACGCAAAUGUGACCACGAGAAUACCAUCGACCGGCUCGCUCCAGGCUUGCCUCACACGCUUCAGAUCGCCAACAGGCCGGUUCACAACUCAUUCUGAAAAACUUGAGUCAAACACCGAAGGAAAAGCUUUUCGAUAUUUUGAAGACCUCAAUAUGUAUGUGAUAAAGUGGACAACGACUCUGUUGUUCGUUCAAAGACGAAUGUAAAGAAUGGAGAGCGAUUUAACAAAAUUCUUAAAAGGGUUAUUAUUGGUUCACUGGGUAUUCAACUAAAAUUUAUGUUCAGACUUAGAAAUUCCAACUUAUUCACUCAUGAAAUCACAACCGCUAGGUUUUUGUGCAAAGUGGGCCGAUGAAAAAUGAUCUUAUUUGAUUUUAUGUGCUCUUUGUUUCAGUCUCUUGGACGCGUGGAAGGAAAAAGAAGAGAAGGAACCGGCGGACGAAGAGGAAAACCAUUUACAAGAGGUUUCACCUGUGGGCGAUAGUUUGAACCCGAUUUGAUAAUUUCACGAUUCUCUUUUCAUUUACAGCAUACUCUGUACAAUCUUCUGCUCAUACUCAAACAUUUGGAACGCGAUAAAAACACAGAGCAAGUUUUUUUUUUUGCAAACUGAAGCUUCACCAUGGCGUUAAAACUUACAGUUAUUACAACUUUAGAAGUUUUCAAAGCGAUUAAACUCCAUACAAGACAUCUUUGAUCAAAAAGCAUUUUUUUUCAUAAUUUUUAUGAAAAAAAGACGAAAGUUUGCAUAUCGGAGACAUGGUAAAACUCUGAAAUGACUAGAAGGUAAGUCAUUUUUCUCGUAUGGAAAUAGAGGGAGUCGAAAAGAAUCUAUCGAAGGAUCAUAGAACCUUAACCGGCAAUCGAAAAAAUUUCGUUCUUACAAGAAAAGUGUGUAAGGUGAACAUCGCAGGUCUGGUUCCAACUUUUGGGGUAGAUAGGCCUAUAUAUAUAUAUAUAUAUAUAUAUAUACCCUAUGGCGCUUGCAGAUGAAUCUUUUGAUUUUUCGAAUUAAAAAUAUAUACAUAAAUAUGGGAAAACAUACGCUAAAAUGCUUAACAACUGAUUUUCCUCGGUUUUUCGAUUUUCAAAACGUCUACUGUUAUUCACUAUCUCAUAAGAAACACGAGAAAGCAACUUUUUCACAUACAAAACGUUCCCUAGUUAGCAGAUAAUUAUUUUUUUUUCGAAUACUCACACCUGAGACUAUCUACCACAGAAGUUUGAACCAUACCUGCGAUGUCCACCUUACACACUUCUCUCGUUAAAAAGUUUCGACGAGUGGCUAGUGAGAGGUUGAUUUAUCUGAGGAUGAUUCGAGAAUUAAGAACGGCAUAAUUUCGAAGUCUUUAAUAAAUUUCAGUUGUUUAACUUGUUGAUAAAAAAGUUUCAAACAGAAAAUCUAUAUAGACGGUUGUCAGAAGAUUUUUGAAUCUUUGCAUGGUUUUUUUCUUUCAGACUGAGAAAAGAGUGGCGGAUGUUGCUGGAGAAAAUACUUCUACGACAGCCGAUGAAGCUGCUGACGGACGUGGUGAUGGAGGACCUCGGCCGGAUCCACGAAGGCUGUCCCCGGGUGCGUCCGCUCGUCCAUCUCAAGCCUCACCGCAGCCUUCAGACUUUGCUCAACGUCAUCGCCGACGUCAUGCUCUCUUACGCACCGGACACCGCCGACGAGACAAUUUCUUUGGCCAUUUCUGGCAGCAACGGCCACGUCGUCCAGGUUUCUCACUAUUUUUACCUUUUAGAACCGAUUUCAAGUCCGAGGACGCCGACAUCUACGAGUUGCAACUUCUUCACGGAGCUCUCAAAACGGGUCUUUUUAGCGAUCUUUCGGAUGAAAUUAUCGAGCGGCUGAACAAAAUUGUAGGUUUUUUUUAAUGAAAAAUAAAACUCCCAAAAAACUUGAAAUAAGCAAAUGAGCUUUUCUUUCCUUUUUACCUACGGUUCAAAGAGGUCACAUGCCCUUCCAAUCAGUUUUUGCUUUCCGACUAUUUCUUUUGAGCCAAAAACAAGUUUUCUCUUUGUAACAUUUAUAUUUCUCCCAUUUCACCUAUUGCUGGAAUGGUAGAAGCUUAGGGUCUGGUCCAUAGGUUUCAUCUCAAUUUGCAUGAAACAUUUAAGGAUAAGCAGAGACUUUCAUGUUUCGAGCUGAAAGAUAUAAUUGAAGACAACAAUUGGAGUUUUCUUAAUGGUCUAAUGUAAACCAGUUGCUCCCAAGAUAGUUGGACUUUUUUCAGAGACAGUUUCUGUCGCAUAAAAAAGUGGAGUGUCGGGUUUGGGCCAUACAAUGUUUUGCAAUGAUCGGAGUUUUCGGCCGCGAGGCUUGCCACGGUCUGUACGAAAUCGUCCACAAGAGGCUUCAUCAUGACGUUCUCCUGGUUAAGGUGAUUGGGAACUUGGUCGAAAUCAAUACACUUUUUUGGACCCUUCAGCGUGUUUUUUGAUGGAGCAUUUUUUCGUUGAAGGAUGAGCCAAUUCAGAUUAAAGACAAAGAUUUCCAUCAAAUAGUUUUGAGAUUAGUUUUCAAAUACAUUUGAUUAACAGCUCGCGUGUAUUGACUUCAUGGUGGAGAUGAUCGGAAAGCACGGCUACAAGGUAAUAAACGCGCAGUUCUCGCAAGUUUUCAAGAGAGACUCCAAAAGCACGGGUGCUACAGAACUGAUGGACGAAUUUUCCGGGAUAAUGCUCGAGGAAGUCGUUGCGACUUCUUAACGGAAAAAAAUGUGCAACUUCAGAGCGUGGAAGAAGCACUUUGCUUGAAGACGUGCGAAGGAGCAGGCAAGAUCCUGUUGAACGAGAUCGGCAUCGACUUCACUCAAAAGUCCUGGGCGAAAGUGCUCAUGGCCUUUUUCUACAGGUUGCUCCCCACUCAAAGUUCAGUGCCGAUUUGACUUUUUCAGAAUGACUAUCACUUCGGAUCGUAUUCGCAGCGCUAUCGGCAGCUUUUUGAAAAUAUUCGGGUCUCUCUCAGCGUAGGUUCAUUUUAUUUUUCUCAAUUUUCUUUAAUAUGAGAGUUUAUGAACUAUUCAUAAAAUUUUUUUAUUUUUAAUCAGCAAAUUCUCUCUGCAAAACUGAAUCUUUUGAAAAAAUUUAAUGAAAUUUCACUAGAAUAUAUGCAAUUUGAUUUUAGACACAACCAAAGAGGAAUUCUGGAUAUUUUCAACGACUUCUUCAGUGAAGCCGAGUAUGAGCAUGACACAAUCGUGAAGCACAUGUCGCACGAAAAACUUUCGCGAAUCGCGCCUUUGUUCGCCGUCCUCACGCGUCAUUCACUCCUGCCUAAAAAGGAGAGACAGAGUGUAGGCCUCCAAUCAGUACUGAGAUGAUCGACUUGUUGCAGAACACGCCUUGCCACGUUGAGCUGCUAAGGAAAGCCUUCCAGGAGCUCUACAUGAAGAUCGAGAGCAUCCAAGCCAGAUACUACUGCCAUGUAUCUUUUCGUUGAAAUCGUAGGUCAUUGAUUUUCUUCAGAUCCUUGAUUUCGUGGAACUGGAAUCUAUCGAGCCCAUCAAGAUUCUCGAAUUCAUCGAUCAGACAAACAAUCUUAUUGAAGUUCGUAACAAUGAUUUGAAUGUUUGAAAGAAAUUUUUUUAGAUGAAUGAAACGAUUUCUGACCAAAAAACGCAAGUAGUGGAACUUCGAAGGUUUCUACGAAGGAUGAAGAAGAACGUGGCUGAAGGAGACAAUGCCGAAGAAUACGAGGAAGAGGAAGAGUUCCAACUGAAGCAGGUUUGAUUAUUUCUUAGAGCUUUAUGCGCCCAAAAUGACCGAUGAAAACCAAAGCUAUUUUUCGAAAUAGGGAGACUUUUGGUUUGAAGGCCUUAAUGAAAAGGUUAAGGAACCAGAGGAUGAAAUUGAGAAAACUGCCACAGCUCCUCAGAAAUCAACGCGUACUCCUCAAAGCCGCUUGAUUACACCGAAAAAGGGGAUGUCUGCUGCUAGACGUGGCAAAAACUCUACGAAAGUAUCAGCAAACAUUUAUUUUUCCAUUCAAAAAUUAAAAUUAGAUACCAGCAACGCCCCUGAGCGUCGUUCACGAAAUUCAUGAGCUCGUCACGUCUCCAUCAGGUUUUUUAUUCUAAAUUUUCUUCUUUGAUUUUUCAUAUAUUAUAGUUACGGCGUCUACGAAGAAACGAAAUGCGAAAAUGGUUAUCAAGUCUUCUGAAACAAGAUCUCAUCUGAACCGGUCUACCAAGAAAAAGAACUGA